CCCUGACCUGCCUGAUCACGGGAUUCUACAAUAGAGACGUGAAGAUGAGUCUGAGGAAGUUCACCACUGAAAUUCCUGAUCAUCUGAUCACAUCUUCUGAAAUCAGACCCAAUCACAAUGGAACCUACCAGCUGAGGAAGAGUGUGGAGAUACAGGAAGAUGAUCCAGCAGAUUUCAACUGUUACGUGAAUCACAGCUCCCUCACAGAACCAGUGAUUAAACAAUGGGUGGGAAGAUGCACUGACUGCCCAGACAACGCCUAUCAGAGUUUAAUAAUUGGAGUUGUGGUCUUAUGGGGCUUGGCAGCAAUUUAUUUUCUGAUCCUCGGUGUUCUGAUGAUGAUAAUAAAGCGUUUUGGUAAAUUACCUCUGUGGAACAUUGGAGUUUCAGUUGGAAGAGGCACAGACAGCAUCUACUUGGGUUUAAUAAUUGGAGUUUUGGUCUCAGGGGUUUUGGCAGUCCUGUUUUUUCUGAUCCUCUGUAUUCUGAUGAUAAUACUAAAGAUUGGAAGUUGCACUGACUGCCCAAAAAACAGCUCUCUUGUAUUAAUUGUUGGAGUUGUGGUCUCAGGGUUGGUGGCGCUCCUGUGGCCUGUGAUUUUCUAUGUUCUGAUCAGGAGAAUGAAGUUGGACAACAAGGAACCACUUCCUCAUUGUAAAGGUGCUAAAAGUGCAGGUGUAUCAAGUCUAAACUACAGUGGUGAUGCUGAAGCUUCUACAGAUGAUGAAGUUAGUAAUGCUUCUGCAAAUCCAUCUGAAGAUCCUGCUCCCAAUAAACAGCCAUCCAAUGGAUGAGAUGCACUAUUAAGCCAUGCGGUACAAGCUGUGCUUAACCCUCCCAGCAUCCCACACCACUACUGAAAUACUGUACUUUUUAAAGCUGAAACUGGGCGGUAGUGGCUCAGUGUUGGAGCACUUUGUAAUUAAAGACAGUGUUGUGGGUUUGAUACCUAGGUUUACUAAGAUGCCAGUUUUGAGCCUUACAUUUUUUACAUUGUAAAUGUUCUUUUUAUGGCGAUUUAUAUCGCAAUAUUAAACAAUGCAGGGUCCAUGACUUCACUAGCCCCGCCCCCGCCCGCACACUGUCUCGCAUCUGAACCAAUCAAGAGCUGAAUCAGUGCCGAGCACUCAAAACCCGAGGAAAACAGCAAAACAGUAAUCUGCCCUUUAAUCAGGCAUUUAAAUGGCUUUUUAAAAGGUAAAUAAGAGCGUUUGUUUUUCUGGGAUUAAAAGUGUGAAUUCAGCUGUAACUGGAAAUAUCUGCACUGCUAAACUGAAAUUUACUUAAGCACUGAGAUUUCUGGUGUUGUUAAUCAGAAACCUGCAGUUUUGAGUUUGAGUAUGAAGGUCUCGUGCUGAGCUCUUCCAUCCUGCCUUGCUGUGGAGCGACACACUGCCCCUGUAAACUGCUGGACUGAUGAUCUGAAGAGGAUCUCAUACAGUUACAGCCGGUUACCGUUAGUAAUUAUAUAUAGAACACUAACAGCUCAGCGAAUUAUGCACAUAACGCACGUCUUACAUUUUGAAUUGUGUAAAUUCUAAUUUUUUUUUAUAAUAACAUGCAAAAGCAUAGAUGGUCUAUUUUAUAUUCUGGAUUAAGAAAGCAGCCUAUACUGCCAGUCUCCAGCAGAGGGUCUGGGCAGCAAAGUGGCAGAACUGGUUUGUCUAGGACAAAAGACUCCAAUCCCCAGAAUGCCCAGCUGUAAUCAGCACUAACCAGGUUCAGCUAUGUGAUACAGUAUAAAUGACCCAUUGAAACCUCAGUUCUCUGUCGCACCUUUGUAGAGGAGUGAGUGACCAGAAACAGUGAGUGACAAGACAAGAAAAAGAGAACAGUAAAGAAGAAAAGGGACAAAAAGAAAAAAAAUGGCAAGCCCAACAAAGCAAAAGAGUCCAAGAAAGACAGAGUGAUGUCAUCAGAGCAUGAUGGGAUAGGUCAUGAGUAACUAACGUGCUCCAGUCGAGCAACAAA